CGCCCCCGCCCCGCCUGCCGGCCCCGCGCCGCGGCCGCUGCCCCGCCGCCGCCGCCCCCGCCGUCGGGGACAUGUCUAACCCUGGGGGCCGGAGGAACGGGCCCGUCAAGCUGCGUCUGACAGUACUCUGUGCAAAAAACUUGGUGAAAAAGGAUUUUUUCCGACUUCCUGACCCAUUUGCUAAGGUGGUGGUUGAUGGAUCUGGGCAAUGCCAUUCUACAGAUACUGUGAAGAAUACACUCGAUCCAAAGUGGAAUCAGCAUUAUGACCUAUAUAUUGGAAAGUCUGAUUCAGUUACGAUCAGUGUAUGGAAUCACAAGAAGAUCCAUAAAAAACAAGGUGCUGGAUUUCUUGGUUGUGUUCGUCUUCUUUCCAAUGCCAUCAACCGCCUCAAAGACACUGGUUAUCAGAGGUUGGAUCUAUGCAAACUUGGGCCAAAUGACAAUGAUACAGUUAGAGGACAAAUAGUGGUAAGUCUUCAGUCCAGAGACCGAAUAGGCACAGGAGGACAAGUUGUGGACUGCAGUCGUUUGUUUGAUAAUGAUUUACCAGAUGGCUGGGAAGAAAGGAGAACUGCCUCUGGAAGAAUCCAGUAUCUAAACCACAUAACAAGAACUACUCAGUGGGAACGCCCAACACGACCGGCAUCUGAGUAUUCUAGUCCUGGCAGACCUCUUAGCUGCCUUGUUGAUGAGAACACUCCAAUUAGCGGAACAAAUGGUGCAACAUGUGGACAGUCUUCAGAUCCCAGACUGGCAGAGAGGAGAGUCAGGUCACAGCGACAUAGAAAUUACAUGAGCAGGACGCAUUUACAUACUCCUCCAGACCUACCAGAAGGCUAUGAACAGAGGACAACACAACAAGGUCAGGUGUAUUUCUUACAUACUCAGACUGGUGUGAGCACAUGGCAUGAUCCAAGAGUGCCUAGGGAUCUUAGCAACAUCAAUUGUGAAGAGCUUGGUCCAUUGCCUCCUGGAUGGGAGAUUCGUAAUACGGCAACAGGCAGAGUUUAUUUCGUUGACCAUAACAACAGAACAACACAAUUUACAGAUCCUCGGCUCUCUGCUAACUUGCAUUUAGUUUUAAAUCGGCAGAACCAAUUGAAAGACCAACAGCAGCAGCAAGUAGUGUCGUUAUGCCCCGAUGACACAGAGUGUCUGACAGUCCCCCGGUACAAGCGAGACCUGGUUCAGAAACUAAAAAUUUUGCGUCAAGAACUUUCCCAGCAACAGCCUCAGGCUGGCCAUUGCCGCAUUGAGGUUUCCAGGGAAGAGAUUUUUGAGGAAUCAUAUCGACAGGUCAUGAAAAUGAGACCAAAAGAUCUCUGGAAGCGACUAAUGAUAAAAUUUCGUGGAGAAGAAGGUCUUGAUUACGGAGGGGUUGCCAGGGAGUGGUUAUAUCUCUUGUCACAUGAAAUGUUGAAUCCAUACUAUGGCCUCUUCCAGUAUUCAAGAGAUGAUAUCUAUACACUGCAGAUCAAUCCUGAUUCUGCAGUUAACCCGGAACACUUAUCAUAUUUCCACUUUGUUGGACGAAUAAUGGGAAUGGCUGUGUUUCAUGGACAUUACAUUGACGGUGGUUUCACAUUGCCUUUUUAUAAACAGUUGCUUGGGAAGUCAAUUACUUUGGAUGACAUGGAGUUAGUGGAUCCAGAUCUUCAUAACAGUUUAGUGUGGAUACUUGAGAAUGAUAUUACAGGUGUUUUGGACCAUACCUUCUGUGUCGAACACAAUGCAUAUGGGGAAAUUAUUCAGCAUGAGCUUAAACCAAAUGGCAAGAGUAUCCCUGUUACUGAAGAAAAUAAAAAGGAAUAUGUCAGGCUUUAUGUCAACUGGAGGUUUUUACGAGGCAUCGAGGCGCAAUUCCUGGCCCUGCAGAAAGGAUUUAAUGAAGUAAUUCCGCAGCAUCUGCUGAAGACAUUUGAUGAGAAGGAGUUAGAGCUCAUAAUUUGUGGCCUUGGAAAGAUAGAUGUUAAUGACUGGAAGGUAAAUACCCGGUUAAAACACUGUACACCAGACAGCAAUGUUGUCAAGUGGUUCUGGAAAGCUGUGGAAUUUUUCGAUGAAGAGCGACGCGCACGGUUACUUCAGUUUGUGACAGGAUCAUCUAGAGUGCCUCUGCAGGGCUUCAAAGCUUUACAAGAGCCUUUUCUGCUGGGUUCUCUGUGACUGUAGUGAGUGCCGCAUGUUAGAGACCGUGGGGGAGGCGCUGCCUUUCCUUUUCCCGUUGCCUUGCUUGUAAAAUCUGGUGCGUAUUCCUGCAGGGGAAGUCUGUGUGCUUCUACCUUCACAUCUCAGCCUGGCAAAUCACCUACCCACUUGGGGUGCCUCUCCCGUCUCCCUUUCUAUUUUUUUUGAUAGAAAGAGGCAGCACGCGUCGUGGAAGCCGUUGUUUGGUCAGAGCACGUUCCUUACUGCAUGGCGUCAGAUGAUUCAUGUCCAGCCGUGUUCCAUUGUAAAGAAUUCUUUUCUGUGGAAUAGCUGUUGUACUAUAUUUUUGGAUGAGUUGGUAAUCUUGCUAAUGAGUGCGGUGCUUCACUGGGUGGCGGGUGCUUCCUUUCCUUCUGAAGCUCUUCAUUUCCAAAGCUGCUGCUGCUGGUGAUGACUGAGGAUACACGAAGCCAGACUGGUACAUAAUCCAGCAGUGUGGCCCCAGUCCAGGUGUCGGGGGUCCGGGGAGAGCACACUUUGAGUUGUGCUUCUGUUCCCUGCUUGGAAAACUCGUCAUUAGCAGGCAGCCCAGCUUCAUAAAGUGAAGUUGCAUUUCUACGUAUAUUUGUACAGGCUGUCUUAUAUUUAACUGAAAUUUACCCUGUAGACUGCUCAUCUUUAACUCAGCCAAGUUUGAGGCACGAAACCUAAAUGUGCGUUUAAGUUGUCAUCUUUUUGAAUGUGUGUAUUUAAUCUUGCAUUUGCCCACUUACUGUUCUUCUCAUACUUGUGGGACAUUGCUUUUCUAUAGAAGAUAGAAGUUGGCAAAGGGCUUCCAUCCUCAACUUUUUCUCAAAUUGAAAUGCUAGCACAUUAAGGAAUCCAGCCUUAUCCAAGGUCAGUUCCAGCUUUCAAACCCAGCUUCUUUGCCUGGGAAAAGAAUAUUUUGGCAGCUCGUGUGGCGUCACCAGUAUUCCCCUGUCCCUGACCCUGUGGUUUAUGUACCAGUUUUCUUCUGAGAUUUGGGAGACCGACACCUGCCCCUGCAUUGACCU